AUGGCUGAUACGAAAACAUUCACGGAUACGAAAUCGUUGGGAAGAAGAGAAGGCGUUCCCGGCGCAGUAGUCUGUCAAAUGCUAAGGUCUACGAACUAUACGGUUUGGGCAAUGCGUAUGAAGGUUCUUCUACGAGUCCACAAGGUAUGGGAAGCAAUUGAACCAAGAUCAAGCAAAGAAGACAAGAAAUAUGUCGCCACUGCUCUCCUGUUUCAGUCAAUACCUGAGAACUUGACAUUGCAAGUUAGUGAACUAGGUUCUCCUAAAGAGAUUUGGGGAGCUAUAAAGUCCAGAAAUCUUGGUGCAGAUCAUGUAAGAGAAGCUCGGCUGCAGACCUUGAUGAAUGAAUUCGAAUAUCUAAGGAUGAAUGACUCGGAUUCAAUAGAUACCUUCUCAGGGAAGUUAUCUGAACUUGCAUCUAAAGCGGCCUCGUUGGGACAGAGUAUUGAAGAAGCUAAGAUGGUAAAGAAGUUUUUAAAUAGCCUUCCUCGAAACAAGUAUAUUCAGAUCAUAGCCUCACUAGAACAAGUGCUAUAUUUGAAUACUACUAGAUUUAAGGAUAUUGUUGGGAGACUUAAGGCAUAUGAAGAAAGAAUACAAGAUCAUGGAUCGCAUGAGCAACAAGGCAACCGUCUAUUCUCAAAUUCUGAGAAUUCAUAUGAUCAGAAUGGAUCAGGCAAUUCCAAAGGAAGAGUUAGAGGAUGGAACCAUGGUCGAGGCAACAAAGGAAGAGGGCGUGGAAGAAGUAGUUCUUACAAAAGAAACAAGGAGAAGAGAGAUUUCUCGCAAAUCACGUGUUUCCACGGUAAGAAGAAAUGCCACUCUGCCUCUGUUUGUCAUGGGAAGAAAGAAAACAAUCAAGAACUCAACAAGACCGAGACGGAAGAAGCAGAUAUUGCACUGUGGUAA